AUGAGCCCACGUGAUAUGAUUCUGUGGUGCCAAAUUCCACUUCAACACACCCUCACCUUCAGUCCAACCAACUCCAACCCUCGAGCUCAACGCCCUCUCCUAUCCUCCAAGAUGGAUUCCAGCAAGCAGCCCGUUAAGCUCGUCAAGGUGACCCGUGUCCUCGGCCGCACCGGAUCCCGUGGUGGUGUCACCCAGGUCCGCGUCGAGUUCAUGGACGAUACCUCCCGCUCCAUCAUCCGCAACGUCAAGGGCCCAGUCCGCGUUGAUGACAUCCUCUGCCUGCUCGAGUCCGAGCGCGAGGCCCGCCGUCUCCGUUAAAAUCAACCAAAACGAAAUUUCGCUCGCGUCGUCUAUUUUGUCUCUCUUCUUCUCUCGCAUAUCCCUUACGACCGACUUUUCAUGAUUACUCUUCGGCCAAAAUCGAGUCCCCCGCCUUUCUUUCUUGCCGUACCUUCAACCUCCUAUCUUCCUCAACCCUAAGCCGCCGCGCUGCCCCAAUC